AUGUAUAGUAAACAAUAUCUGUUACUUACAAUACUGUUUACAACUAUUAUUUUAUCAUUAUGUACUGCUCAAAAUCCAGGAAAAAGUGUUGACAUAUCUGGUGCAAAGAAAAAUGUAGUUCAUCAAGACAAAAAUAAUGAUGAUGAUACAGAUGAUGAUAGUGAUGAUGAUCCAUCUAGUGAUUAUGGUCGACAACCACCAUAUAAUGUAGCAGAUGUUGGUUAUCGAAUACGUUCACGUUGGCCACCAGCAAUAGUUUCACCAUCAUAUGAACUAUUAAAAAAUCAAAUGGAUUGGUCUCGAUUUAUGAAUCGAAAUAUGGUUCCACCAUCAUCACCACCUCUUUCAUAUAAUACUAAUCCAAUGCUUAAUAUGGGUACAUCAUGUAAAUCAUUAAUUGAUCCACAAUAUCCGAUUUUUUCUGAUAUGUGUGGUGCUGUACCACAAGCACGAUAUGGAUUACCAAAUACAUUUGGUCAUUAUGAUCGUUGGCAACUUGCACAUCUUUUAACAACAUUAAUUGGUUCAACAACAGAUCCUGUAUGUAUACGUUCAUUACGUCAUUUAUUAUGUCCAAUGCUUUUUCAACCAUGUCGUGUACGACAUGAACCACCACUUGUACUUCCAUGUCAAUAUUAUUGUCGAGCUGUUAAAACUCAAUGUAAUAUACCUGCUCUUGAUGUUAUACCUUGUGAUCUACUUCCAAUGGCAUCUGAUAUUUGUCCAAAUAUUCAACCAUUUGUUUCAGUUAUGUCUUCAGGAUCAACACCUGCUGAAACUCAACCAGUAGCAACACAAAAUGCAGUUCCAUCAGCAGAUCAACAAACAGCAAGAUCAUUUACUUCUCAAUCAUUCAAACAAACUGUUCCAUCAACAGUUAAUGUAGCACCAGCACCUUCACCUGUAUCAUCAAUGCAAACACAAACACCUGUAAAUUUUUAUAAUCGUAGACCAUAUGAAAAUGAAGGUAUUGUUGAUCAUCGACAAGCAUCAAGAUAUACACCAUUAACACAAUCAACAUUUAAAACACGUCCUACAGUUGAUUAUUAUACUUCAAAUGAAGCACGAGUUGCACGUGGUCCAAUGUCAUCAGCUUUUAAAAAUUAG